CCUUUGGGGUACAAAGGCCUUUUCAUAGGUCCCCUCUUAUCUUUUCUAUUUCCCAUAGUAAUUUAAUAUAUUAUUAACGAAAUUCAACAACGAAAUUCACCAGCAACAAUGAUAAUUAUUAACAUUUCACCCAAAAAACAUACACCCUUUUGCGUUUUAAGCUCAAAUCAUACGAAAUUAUCCUUCUUUUCCAUGUUCCAAAUCCAAAUCCGCUUCUUGAGCCCAUAAAAAACCCCGAAAAUGAUGGAGACGUUGCCGGUGGGGCGGUUUCAGUUUAAGAGAUUGGUUGCGGCGUUCCUUUCUUCAUAUCGAACUCUCUUUAUUCUCUUAUGGAUCGUUGCUUUCGGUUCGGUUUUUAUAUGGCAGCGGAAAAUUAUUGGGGCGGGGAUUUCGGUUUCGGUAAAAACCGGGUUGAGUCGGCCUAUGCCAAAGAUGCGGCCUUUUGCGUUUAAUUUGACUGAUUUCGGCGGUGUUGGGGAUGGUAAGACGUUGAAUACGGCGGCGUUUGAAAGGGCUGUAUUGGCGAUCUCAAAGCUUGGGAAGAGAGGCGGUGGUGGGCAACUCAAUGUGCCGCCUGGGAAGUGGCUUACGGCGCCGUUUAACCUCACUAGUCAUAUGACUCUGUUCUUAGCUGAGGAUGCUGAGAUUCUUGGAAUCCAGGAUGAGAAGCAAUGGCCGUUAAUGCCUCCGUUGCCUUCAUACGGGUAUGGAAGAGAGCAUCAUGGACCUCGGUAUGGAAGUUUAAUCCAUGGUCAAAACCUCAAAGAUGUCGUUAUAACUGGGGAUAAUGGUACCAUAAAUGGGCAGGGUCAAUCAUGGUGGAAAAAGUUUCGGCAAAAGCUACUCAACCACACAAGAGGUCCACUCAUGCAAAUUAUGUGGUCUAGUGACAUCGUAAUCGCUAAUAUAACAUUACGUGAUUCUCCCUUUUGGACUUUUCAUCCGUAUGACUGCAAGAAUGUAACAGUCAGGAACGUUACCAUCCUGGCUCCUGUACGUGAAGCCCCAAAUACUGAUGGAAUCGAUCCUGAUUCAUGUGAGGAUGUAGUAAUUGAGGAUUGUUACAUAAGUGUCGGAGAUGAUGCAAUUGCGAUAAAGAGUGGAUGGGAUCAGUAUGGCAUAGCUUACGCUCGACCUUCGAGAAACAUUCUUAUUCGAAACCUCAUCGUACGCUCUAUGGUCAGUGCUGGCAUUUCAAUCGGCAGUGAGAUGUCCGGUGGGGUAUCUGAUGUCACCAUCGAAAACCUCCUUGUCUGGAGUUCCCGACGUGCAGUUCGAAUCAAGACUGCCACUGGAAGAGGUGGAUAUGUUAGACAUAUAACAUACCGAAACAUAACAUUUGAUAAUGUCCGAGUCGGAAUUGUUAUCAAGACAGAUUAUAAUGAGCACCCUGAUGAUGAUUUCGACCCAAAAGCCCUCCCAAUAGUUAAGGACAUAAGCUUCACGGGGAUACAUGGUCAAGGAGUCCGUGUUCCCGUUCGUAUACAUGGUAGUGAAGAUAUUCCUAUCAGAAACGUGACGUUUAGGGAUAUGUCCGUGGGGUUAACGUACAAGAAGAAACACAUAUUCCAGUGUGCCUUCAUUCAAGGCCGCGUAAUCGGUACCAUCUUCCCAGCUCCAUGUGAAAACCUUGAUAGAUAUAAUGAAGAAGGACAACUUGUGAAACGCUCCACGGCCCAGAACAUAACCGAUAUAGAUUAUGACAUAUGAGAAGACAUCGUUUCACCAGCAGUUAGCCAUUCUUUUGUAGGAUCAAAAUCUCAAAGGCUUAGAACUGUAUGUCUCGGAGAAAUGGGGCCUGUUUAUUUUUCUUUGUUCCCUUUCUCGGCUCGCUAUUACUUGUUUGAUUCAUGGAGUUACGCAGGGGAAGAUUUUAAAGUAGUUUUAUACAUUUUUCAUCA